UGCCCUUUGAGGUGGCAAUCUCGUGCUGGUGCUGAUUCCAGUCAGUUAAAACGACACUAGUAACACACUUGUAAAUAUUUCUUCUUUGAAAGGAGGAUUAGGGCAAUGUCUUAGCCCAGCAGACUGUGUAACGAAGAUAUUUGCCUUCAUUCCCCUUGGUACCCUCCAGCUCGGGUAUCUGCAACCACCUCGCUCGAGGUGCUGAGAAGAACUGCACUGGGGCCGGAAGUGAGGAACGGGAAGUGAGGAAGCGGAAGUGGGGACGGGCCUGGGCCCUUGGGCCUGGCUGGCGUAGGUGGAAAAUCCUCGGGAGAGGUUUAUCCCUGAGCAGUGGCCAGACCUUCCUCUAAGCAUUCUUGGCCAGAGCUUAUUUCCUUCCGAGUCAAAGUCAUGUGUGUAGGCAGAACCUGUACAAACACAGGAGCUGUUCUUUCCUCAUAGUUCCACCCUAAAUGCAUCUUUCCAGAGAUGGCGCUGGGGACUCAGCCUCUUAGAAGCUAUUGUCAUUAUUGUCCCAAGUCUUUGGAUAAGACUCUUGCUGUGUCUCCCAGACUAGAGUAGAGUACAGUGGCGUAAUCUCAGCUCACUGCAACCUCUGCCUCCCAGGUUCAAGCAAUUUUCAUGCCUCUGCCUCCCAAGUAGCUGGGAUUACAGGAAAUUGAUGCUUUAUCAACAUAGAGAUUAACUAUUGGUAUUUGGAGUACCAGAACUGGGGUCCUGUCAAGCGUUUUAUAAACCAGUGACAUAAACUGCUAUUCAUUGUUUUCAUCCUCCAUCUCACCUUGGAACUUGUAUUACUUAUGGCAUUCAGGAGGCAAGUGAAAAACUUUGUGAAAAAUUACUCUGAUGCUGAAAUAAAAGUCAGGGAAGCAACUUCUAACGACCCUUGGGGUCCCUCUAGUUCUCUGAUGUCAGAUAUCAGUGACUUGACUUUCAACACAAUUUCUCUCUCAGAGAUUAUGAAUAUGCUGUGGCACAGACUCAGUGACCAUGGGAAGAACUGGCGCCAUGUGUAUAAAUCCCUUAUGCUAAUGGAUUAUCUCAUCAAGAAUGGAUCAAACAAAGUUAUUCAGCAUUGCAGAGAGGGGUUCUGUAACCUUCAAACACUGAAAUAUAUUCAGUACAUAGAUGAAGCUGGACAUGACCAAGGUUACUAUAUCCGGGAAAAAUCUAAGGAAGUCAUCACAUUGCUGAUGGAUGAACAGUUGCUGUGUAAAGAGAGGGAAGUGGCUUGUCGGAUCAGGCAGCGUACCUCCUACUCUAUGUUGUUUUCUCAAAGAGUAUUUGGUUCAAGUAGCUCACUGAUAGCACGUGCUUCUGCCCCCACACCAGAUAUUUCUGCUUCAGAGAAGAAGUAUAAGCUUCCUAAGUUUGGAAGGCUACAUAAUAAAAAAAACGUGUGCAAGGCAGGAUUGAAACGAGAGUAUUGCCCAGAUAUUCAUUAUCCUACAGAAACUAUGUUGUCCCAGGAAACACUUCGACUCAAGAUUGAGGGUUGGAAAUCAACAGAGGACCUGAUACUGUUUUCUGAUGAUGAGCCAAAGCAGCUUAUACCAGCAGCACCUCCUUCCAUUGUCUCUCCAGUCACGUGCUUGUCAGAAGCAGCAGCAGUUUGUACCCUUUCAGGUGCAGAUGCUGUGCCUACUGUCUCAGGAAAUAGUCCAUCUCUGCAGACAGAUGUGAGUUUGGACAAGAGAUCAGAUGGUACCCUUACAAAUACUGUAACAGAAAACCUCUUGGAAACACCUUUAGAAAAGCAAUCAGCUGCAGAAGAUCUUAAAACAUUGACAAUUUUACCAGCACAUUGGUCGUCAAGUAAAGAGGAGUUUAUCAGCCCCAACUUAAGGAUAUCAAAGUCAGAUUCUACUUUCCAUAACCAGGCCUCUGUAGAAACACUCUGUCUCUCUCCUUCAUUCAAGAUAUUUGACCCAGUGAAGGAGAAUGUAAUCAACAUGGCCUAUCAGAAACCAGUACAAGCCAGUAUUACUCAGAUGGAUGAUAAAAUUUUCAAGACAACCACACAGGCCAUGCCAUCUCCUGAUUUAGCCUCUCCAGAGAAGUCAGCUCAUCUCUCAUCCCCGAUUCUGGCCAGACCUUCCUUCUGGACUUUGUCGCAUCAACAGAUGUCUUCUACCUCCUUUAAAGAUAAGGAUAAGUCAGCCAAGCUGCAUCCCUCCUUUGCUUCUAGGGGCCCAGUGUCUUCUGAGGCAGAGGAAAAUGACAACCUCAAUCUACUGGGAAUUCGUCCAAACAACUCUGAUUUGGCUAAAAACAAUAUAAGUCCUAUUUCUAGUAGUCACCAGGGAGAGUUUUCCACCCCAAAUGCAGACCGUAUUUCUAGUAGUAACUGGGGAGGCUUUUCUACCAGGAGUGUAGACCGUAUUUCUAGUAGUAAUUGGGGAGGGUUUUCUACCAGGAGUGUAGACCGUAUUUCUAGUAGUAACUGGGGAGGCUUUUCUACCAGUGGGGUAGACCGUAUUUCUAGUAGUCACUGGGGAGAGUUUUCCACCCAAAAUGUAGACCAGUUCAUCGCUCUGUCCUGUUGUGAUUUUCAGUCAACCAAAGACUUCUCCAGGGAACUUGAAGCAAAGAAUUCCAUUAGUGUUCUUCUAAGGGAGAUAAAAAGUGCUUUAGCUAGAUUACAUGAAGAUCUGAGCACAGUGAUCCAAGAACUUAGUGUCAUCAAUAGUCAUCUGAUGAGCAUGAGUUUGAAUAGUUCACAAAUGAGCCAGUCUUCACAGGUCCCCCAGUCUUCUGAGGGGAGCGCAGAUCAAAUCUAAUUGUUGCAGUAUCUCUUUUUGAUGGAGCUCAUGUGGUUCCACUUCCCCAAGACUUAAGUUAACAUUGUAUACAUUCGUAUUACUAUGGCAAAAAGGGGGAUGGUUUAAUUUUUCCUUUUCAGGUUUAUUAACAAGUAUCUUUCAGACCAAUAAUUUCAUUUGGGUGGUUUAUUUUUUAAAAGGGAAAGAUGUCACCUUUAAUAAUUUCAGAUUUAGAUAUUAGUUCAUUUGAAACAUAAGAGAAUUUCAUUCUUUCAUGCUCUGUACCUUAAUUGGGUUAAGCAUUAGUGAAAAUUGUGGUAAGACCUCAAACUGUAAAUGACUAUUCAGGAGCGUUUGGCUAAGGAGACAGGAAGAAGCUCUUUAUCUUUCAACUGUAUGGAGCUUGUUAAGCCUCCGAGGUGACCCAGGAGAAUAGAGUUUGGGAUAUACAUUUCACAUGUUCUUUUGCAAGUUUUAGCUUCUGCAAACCAAGGGCCAGAAAUCUUUUUCUUCCAGAUGCCAGUGUUGGGAGUUAAAUGGAAAGAAGCAGGACAUAAAACAAGUGUUUUUAUUAUCAAUGUAUAUUGCAAAGUGAAUUCAAAUGCAUACUUCUUAUUCUAUUUCAGAAAAUAAAUUUGAUAUUUUUCA